GCUCGAUCAUCAUCACCACACAUACAAUAGCGCAAUAGCAGAAAAGCUCAGCUCAAUCAUAUAUACCACCUCUUUACUAGUCGAUAUCAUCGAACAGUCCAAGAUCCUCGUGCAACGACGAGGCGAAACAAAGGGAAUACACCUCGUCAAUCGAUAACAAAGACACCUCACUCAAUCAGCCAUCAUGGCGGUCAGAGCGAAGUUGGCAGAAGGAGCCACACGAUCGAAAGACCAGUUCUUGAGCGAGUUGAAAGAGGUCAAGAAUAAUCUGAUCGGGAAUGUAGGCAAGAAGUUGGCUCUAGUACAGGAAGACGGGACGGUCGCCUUCAUGGUGGAGCAGAUGCGGGAAACGGCGGCAGGUCUACGAGAGUCAAGUACGGCCACGCCGACGUUACCGGUCAAGGAGACGAUGGUAAAGCUCGAAAUCCUCAACGAGCUCGCCGUCAUCCUAGGUGCUGUGGCCAACGCUGGCAGCCCGGCCCUGGUCGAACUCCUCCGUGCCAACCUCGCCAUCAUGCUCCUCGCCAGCCUGAGCAUUGUUCAUCCUCUCGCUCAAACCUCUCGACAGACCGUACCCUCCAUCUCCCGAUAUAUCGAUACCAAAUGUCUCCCCUCGAUCGCAAGGGCAUUGAGAAACCAUACGGUCGCUCUCGGGGAUUUCGUCUGGGGUCAUAUGUGGGGGGUCGGGGUGGAGAUCAAGACGGAUCCUAUAAAUCCUGAGGGUCUGGCGGGUGGAGCGACAACAAGCAAGUCAAAAGCCGGGAUCGUUGGCAGUGCCAAGGGCAAGGGUGUGGAGCUGGACGAUAUGGAUGUCGACCUUGGGGUACAAACAGAGGUAGACCUGAGCCGGGAAGACAAUGUGCAGCAACAAGCUAUAGAGGUGUUGACGGGCAUAUUCAAGCCAAGAUCGCUCGAAAUCUUCACCCCCAUCCUCCUAUCAACCGACUCGCCCCUCACGCUACUCCCGCUCUAUCAAAUGCUCGCUCAUCUCACCGUCAUGUCAUGGCAACGAAACGCUCUCAUCAACGCCUCGAUCCCGUUUCACAAACCAGUGGCCAUGGGCGUUCGCUCGAGAUCGGCCGUCGCCUUUCGGGACGACGAAGAAGGCAAAGAGUGGUACAGCGCGCGACCGUUGUUGGUAAAGCUGACCGACGUGGUGAUGGACGCCGAGACCAAUGUCAAGUUGAAACAAGCCGCGUUGGACCUGUUGGGCGCGCUGUGCAAAGACAACGAGGAUAUUGCGGGCGAGGCGAUGUGGCUGCUAGACGUGAACGAAGACGAAUCGGAAUGGGGCAAGUCGCCGGAUUAUUUCGCAGCAACGUCGACUAAAAGCUCGACACCGUCCCGGAAGACGGUUGCUCCUGUUUUCGAUGAGCUUGUGGGAUCGAGAUCCAACGGGAUCGCCGUCAGCGCCGCCUGUUGUGCCGCUCAAAUGCUCUUCAGUAUCCCCGCCGACUCGAUGAAGGGAGGUCGCAAAUACAAGGACGGCAUGGCUCUUUUCAAACUGUUGGUGCACCUGUUGGAUCAGACGAUCGAGGACAAGAUCCGAAUCUGUUUCGUCAUCUCCCAUCUUCUGGCGGACGACAUGGACCUUCAGAGACAGGCUUGCGAUACGAGUGCGAUGAGUAAGGUCAUUGCGAUCAUCAAAGAGCUUGACACCGACGCCUACAAGGGAGAGACCGAGAACAACAAGGCUAGGCUGCUCGAGGCCGGCCUGCUCGCCAUGACUAGCUUGGGUUUCUACCACGAGUCUCCCAAGUCGCAGAUCGCCGACGCCGGGAUGUUGCAAAUCACAAAGAAGGCCCUGUCUCAUCCUUCCUACGGUGUCCGCGCAGCCGCGUGUCAAGUGACGAGAGCUCUAUCCCGAUCUACCGCCAUACUUCGAACGACCCUAGUGGAUAGCGGAAUCGCCGACCGGAUUCUGGAAUUGUUGCAAGAGGAAGAGAAAAAGGUCUCGAAGCAGCAACUCGAGGCGGACGAUUUCGCCAAUGCCGGGAGGGACGGCAGGCGGGACACAGUGAUGAUCGCCGCAAGCGCUGCGUUGUGCAAUCUGAUUACCGAGUUCUCUCCUAUGCAGAUUAGCAUGAUUGACAAGGGUGGAAUCGAUUUGUUGGUCCGGAUGUGCGAUUCGCCUAGCCAAGCUACCCGGAUGAAUGCCUUGUGGAGCUUCCGGAACAUGCUCUACAAGAACGAAUUCAAAGUCAAGGUCCGGGUCAUGGAGGCUCUCACUUGGCCCACUUUGCACCGACAUAUCGAGGAUCCUUCUCACGAGCUACAAGAGCAAGGACUCGCCUUACUCAGGAACAUCUGCUGUGAAGGUAGCGAGGAGGAAAUCGAGCUCGUCUUCAACGGGUUCGGGGAGGCUCCUCUGUUUGAUGUGAUCGAGAAGAAGCUCGCUGCCAGUGAUCCUGACUGCUUAGAGCAGUUGAUGUUCGUUCUCUACAACAUCUGCUUAGGCAGCGAGAAGCACCGGGAAGCAGUCUUGUCUCGACCGGAAGUGUGCAAGGGAAUGAUGAAAGCACUUUCGAGCGACAGCCCUCUCAUCAAGAUUCCCGCAAUCGGCUGCUUCGCCAAUCUGGUCGAGACGAAUGACCGUCAUCGUCGUCCUCGGCAAGACGUAAUCGCGCGACUCAAGCCUUACAUGAUCGAGACUCAGCUGAGGGUCUUGAUCACGGACGCGACGUUUGACAUUCGAGACAAGGCUUCUCGGCUGCUCAACUGCCUCGAAGCUCCUGGCGGCGGCUCUCGAUAGCUCUUCUUAUCACGACAAGGACGAUGUCUUGGUUGGGCGUAUUCACGCUAUAAUUCCCUGUGGACUUUGGACGUGCUCCUUUCAUACCUGUAAUCCUCUCGCCUGCGGCUUGUUCUGUGCACGACCUCGAAAUAAUGCCUUUCUCCAAUU